AUGCACCCGCCAACCGAAACCUCGGUCAGCUCGACUCCUGCGCCCCGAUUCGGCUCUCGCGUUGAUCGCGAUGUGGAAUUGGUGAUCACGCGCGGUCGCGCUCGGAACCGCGUUCGUUCGGUCGUAGCUCCGGUGUUCAUGAUUGGUACCGCACCCGACUGCGAUUUGGUACUGGGUGACGAUCGAUUCCCGGAAGUGCACGCCUACCUGCUCGUAGGACAAGGCCCCAUCUUGUUGCGGUGGCUCGGACUCGACCCCGAAAUCACCGUGAACGGUGCCCGAGUCGAUCACGUCAGUCUCCGCGACAUGGACCGCAUUCGCACAGGACCUUACGAGUUCCUAGUGCGGAUCGAGGAGAAACGACGCAAAGGUCCCCUCCCCCAUCGAACCAUCCCCGCACCGCACAUGCAGCAACCUUGGACGAGCGACGCACUCUCCGAAUCGCCCGGCGUGUUUGAUCCCACGGCUGAGGCGGCCGCCGUGUUAGCCGACCAACUGGAACAAAUCGAAACGGCCCUGCAGACCUCGGGGGCUUCAACCGGCUUGCAGACCGACGAUCUCCCGGUGCUUCGUGUCUACCGUGGACCAAGCACCCAGACGGCAAAACCAGCCUCCGACGGCAAGUACUCGGAAAACGAAAACACACCACCGUGGCCCCGAUGGCCGAUGAACCACCAAGCAUCCACCGCGGCCCUAGACGCCGUGGGGAUCGAACAGUUCUUGGAAUUGUCUCCCACUCCGGCCUCCUUGGCCGACGAGACUCUCGUUGAUUACCUGGCCGCCCGACUUCGGGCUGCGGAAUCUGUGUCUGAAGCACCGAAACCGCGAGCAAGCUGGACCUCGCGCCCACAGAACACCCGGCCGCAGACGACUCGCAUCUCGAGCGACAACGAGGCCCUCGUUAACGAUCUUCUCGAGGUGCACCGUCACCCUUUAUCAGUGAGUGCGACCGCCCCCGGGCUUUCUGCGAAACGUAAUCGGGAGACCGCCCUCUUGCGUGGUCUGCGCGCGAUUGGCUGUGGCUGUCUAGUCGCCCUGCUAGUUUGGUUGUUCCUCGAUGUGUUGUGGUUCGAUCACCGGCUAGCGUUUCGCGAUGCCGCCCAUUUUUAUGGCCCCCUGUUUCGUUUGGUUCACGCUGAAUGGGCCGCCGGAAGAAUCCCCUGGUGGAACCCUUAUGCCGACAUAGGGGUUCCGCUGGCCGCGAGCCCCACGGCCUCCGUGUUCUAUCCGGGCCAAUUGCUUGCCCUGUUGCCGUUGUCGCCGGGCCAGUUCGAAAUUGCCUACGUCGUAGUGAACUUACUGCUUGCCGCCGGAGUUACCUACGCACUGGCACGCGACCUUGGGUGUAGUGACGCUGCCGCCGUGCUGGCCUGUAUCGCCUACGCAUUCAGUGGAAGUGUCGUCUUCCAAUACUGCAACGUGGUGUUCCUGGUCGGCGCGGCGUGGCUUCCGGUCGCUCUGUGGGCGAUGCGAAGAACCGUGCAACGAGGCCAGCCUCGCUAUGCUCUCCUGCUGGGUGCCGCCAUGGCCUUGAUGACGCUUGGUGGCGAUCCCCAGAUGACUUACCAUACGGCUCUCUUUGUAGCCGUUUACUUCGCCAUGCAGUGGAUCUCCGGCGGACAGACAAAGUCAUCGCAUUCCGAUGCGACCAACACCACUCGCUUCAACACGAUACGAACGCUGGCCCUCUUCACUCUGGCCGCGGGUACCGCGAUUGUCCUGGCUGCUGUGCAACUCGUCCCUGCCAUGGAACUCACCCGGUUGAGCACUCGAGGGAUGUCUGCUCAGCCCCGUAAUGUCUAUCAACUUGCCUCGCACUGGCUCAAGCACUCACAUCAGAACGUUGCGACUCCAACCGUGACGAACCCGGACGAGGAACGGCCUCCCGGUGGGUCUCAAGGCAAUGCUUCGGACAAUCAACCACACCGUCCCUCAACCUACGCCGCCUUGCUCGCAAAAACCGAUGACAGCGAUUCCCACCUCCGGCACACUUAUCUUUUCAGUCUCGGGCCAUGGCACUUGCCGGAACUCUGGAUACCCAAUUUUUCUGGUCAAAUGUUUCCCACCAAUCAGCGGUGGAUUCGGGCUUUCGCCGACGAGCAUUGGACCUGGGUUCCUUCGCUGUACAUGGGAUUGAUUCCGGCCGUGUUAGCCUUGGCCUGCUGGGGCCACGGGGCCGACCGGCAAGUUCGGCGACUGCGAUGGUUCACCCUGUUCUGCUUCCUUGCCGCCUGCGGGCAAUACGGCCCCGGCUGGAUCGUGCGGGAGUCCGCUGCUCUCAUCGACGCUCAAGCCGGCAAUCUGUCGAUUGGCGAUGGGUUCGGUGGCGUCUAUUGGUCGCUGGCCAAUCUGCUACCCGGCUACGAAACCUUCCGCUUUCCCGCCAAGUGGCUGGUUCCCACGUCCCUUGGCAUCGCGUUGCUGGCCGCCAAAGGAUGGGACCGUGGCGAUCUCGCGUACUGGCUACGCGUACGCCGCAUCAGCAUCGCCACGCUUCUCGUAGCUGCAGUGUUGGGAGUUGCAGUAUUCACUGCCGGAAUGUGGUUCCCGCAAUACACCCCAAAGGCACCCGUCGACGUCGUGUUCGGCCCGCUGGAUGUGCCAGGCAGUUGGCGCGCAUUCCUGAUUAGCUGCUUCCAAGCGGCUGUCGUUUCACUGAUCCUUGCCUGGAUCGCCGCGCGGAUCCUCCGACAGAUGGGCAACAAACCCGAAGUGCAGCCAGCCUCCGGGCAAUACUCCCCUGCGUCGCGCUACGCGAUCCUCAUCGUUGCCGUGACCGCGAUAGACCUGGCGUUGGCUCAGAAACCACUGAUCGCCACGGCACCCAGUGCUGCGUGGCAGUUGGGUUCCCCCGUGGUCGAGGCGAUUCAGAGCGAAGAAUCAACAAGCCCGACUGAAGUCCCACCCCGAGUGGAUCGGGAAUCGUUGCUCCGCACGACCUCCUGGCGGCACGAGAUUGAUCCCGACCGCAUGACUCAGGUCGUCGAACGCGAUCGGGCAACCCUCCGGGCGCUCUACCAAAUCGACGUCCAAAUGGCCCUGGCCCCAAUGCAGGGCACCAUGCAGCUAGCCGACUUCGAAGCGUUUUAUGACUCGGCAGCCGCGAUAACUCAUCGGCAACAAACUAUGCAGGCGAUUCAGCCCGGCACUGGGCUCGACUCACUUUCGAUUCACUAUCUCCUCACUCCGAAGGGCUUCGUGAAUCGAAGGACGUCUGACGUCCCGACAGAAGCGGCCACAAAACUUCAUUCAAGCGAUGUUCCGCAGGACGAGAAUGUCCUCAUAGAAAUCCCCCUCAACGACCUCGAAGGAGUUGCACUUUGGCGAAGUUCGCACCCGGCACCAAGAACGUGGAUUGCCCACGAGUGGGACACGCUGCCGCCGCUGGGUGCCCGUAGCAUGAACGAACUCAACCAGCGGACCGCAGUGGUUCUUGAGAGCUCCAGACUCCCCCGCGACCUGCAUUCCCGACCAGUGGUCGAGAGCCCGACCACACUUUCUUCACCCUCCCCUGCCCCGACGAGUGAGCAGCUUGCAGCACAAUCCAGUCACAUUGUGCACUAUGACCCCGGCCGGGUCGUGCUCGAAGUUGAGAUGGCCGCGGAAGGAAUCGUGAUCCUCGCCGAUCAGUUCUAUCCCGGCUGGCAGGCAAGAGUGUCCUCAAGCGAGGACGGACCCUCCCAGCCGGUGGAAGUCCUCCGGGUCAAUCGCGUGUUGCGCGGGGUCUGGCUUCCCAAGGGGAAGCACCGUGUGGAAUUCACAUACGCGCCCACCCGGUUACUGGUGGCCGCAGGCGUCAGUGGUCUCGGCUGGAUCGCGCUGUUUGGGCUGGCCUGCUUCGCAAUAAUUCGCCGCAAGAAAGCAAGUGCCUGA